GGUGAAGCGUGGAGAGGAGGGCACGUCUGUGGACUUGGUCAUCUCCUCCUUCUGCUCCCCGCCGAGGGUAAAGGGCAGGCAGUUUGGGCCUGGACAUCUCCAGCCAUGGCGGAGCCUGAGUGGGAGUCGCUGGAGCAGUGCUUGGAGAAGCACCUGCCGCCCGCAGACUUGAGGGAGGUGAAACGCCUUCUUUAUGGCAAGGAGACCAGGAAGCUCGACCUGCCCAGCCGGGCUUUGGAAUCGGCCGCUGAAGGGGACUUUGAGCUGCAGGGAUACGCCUUCGAGGCGGCCGAGGAGCAGCUGCGGGGCCCGCGGACCGUGCGCGUGGGGCUUGUGCAGAACAGGAUCCCGCUGCCCGCGGAGGCCCCUGUGGCCAAGCAGGUCUCCGCCCUUCACAGGCGCAUAGAGGCCAUCGUGGAGGUGGCUGCGAUGUGCGGAGUCAACAUCAUCUGCUUCCAGGAGGCCUGGACCAUGCCCUUCGCGUUCUGCACGAGAGAGAAGCUCCCGUGGACGGAGUUUGCCGAGUCAGCCGAGGACGGGCCCACCACCAGAUUCUGCCAGAAGCUGGCGAAGAAGCACAACAUGGUGGUGGUCUCGCCGAUCCUGGAGCGGGACGGAGAGCACGGGGACGUGCUGUGGAACACGGCCGUCGUCAUCUCCAACUCCGGCGCCAUCCUGGGCAAGACCAGGAAGAACCACAUCCCCAGAGUGGGCGACUUCAACGAGUCCACCUACUACAUGGAGGGCAACCUGGGCCACCCCGUGUUCCAGACGCAGUUCGGAAGGAUCGCGGUGAACAUCUGCUACGGGCGGCACCACCCCCUCAACUGGUUCAUGUACAGCGUCAACGGGGCCGACAUCAUCUUCAACCCCUCGGCCACCAUCGGGGCGCUCAGCGAGUCCAUGUGGCCGAUCGAGGCCAGGAACGCGGCCAUCGCCAACCACUGCUUCACCUGCGCCAUCAACCGCGUGGGCAAGGAGUACUUCCCCCACGAGUUUACCUCUGGAGACGGGAAGAAAG